UGGCGGAGCCCUGCUGAGGGCGUGCGGGGCCCGGCGGGGAUUAUUCUCCAAGAGGAUUUAGACCUUGCUUCAAAAGAUGCCUGCUGCCUGUGAACCAGUGCUUGAAGCUAUUGAAGAUACUGUGUCAGCAGAAGAUUUGAAGCCACGUGAUCGGCAGUUUGUAAGAAAGAACGUUUUUCCAAAAGUGCGACAACGCAAUUCACAAAAAAAUACUCAGGCAGACGAUGAUCCCCCAAGUGACAGUGGAAUCUGGCUGAAAAUCUAUUCCGGUUGUUUUCAGCCAAAAAGGACAAUUUGGAAAAUGAAGUCUGAACCACCAGAAACUGUUUCCUUGGGCUGUGCUGCUCUACGUGAUAGAAAGCCUGGGUACUGGAAGAAAGAAUACCUCUUCAAACAAAUAGCUGCUGUCAAAAUGAGAGUAAGGCGACUUGUUAAACCUGUAGAUCCUUCUACAGGUCUUCCAUGUAAAAACAAAGAAGCUAUGAAAGCCUCUGGCUUGAGGUGGAGAAUUGUUCUAAAGGACAAAAAUGGAAAGGAACACGUAAUGGAGAAGGCAAACCUGUCGAUUAAGGACACAUCUGUUACUGUACUUUGGUAUAGUACAAAUUGGCCAUGCUUAGACAUCCUGUCAAGCCUGAGACUGUUUGGAGUUAUGCCAUUGCUUCCUGACCAAAGCAGAGCUCCCAGCAAGAAUGGACCUCGUCGACGUUCCUUAAUUGCUGAAUACCAUCUUGCUAACCUGACUGAAAGUAGUGUAGCCGUUGGUGCUGAUGAGCUUGGCCAGCUCUUCAGUCUGAAUCCAGCACUCUUAGUAGGACUUUGGGAGGGAAGAUGCUGCAUGAGAUGAAAAGCCUUGUCCUCGAGGAGCCAAAGUGUUGGCUGGAUGUUAUCUCUGUUUGGAGAAAGCUUCAUGGGUGUGAGGGGCAAAAAGACAAUGUCUCUCAAGAAAACCCAUCGCUUCUCAAGAGCAAAUCAGAAGAAGAGACAAAUAUUGCAAGCGACAGGCAGAAACCCAAACAAAUGAGAGAGACCGUGUCUGAGCAACGUCAGACGGAAGCUGGAGAGAGGUGUGUGGUACUAGAGAGGCAGAGAUCACGUUCCUGCCACC